CUGCUGCUCUGCUUCAACAAAAACUACAGAUUCUUCUUCUACUGGUCCUCCUGCUGCUCUGCUUCAACAAAAACUACAGAUUCUUCUUCUACUGGUCCUCCUGCUGCUCUGCUUCAACAAGAACUACAGAUUCUUCUUCUACUGGUCCUCCUGCUGCUCUGCUUCAACAAAAACUACAGAUUCUUCUUCUACUGGUCCUCCUGCUGUUUUACCUCAACAAGAACUACAGAUUCUUCUUCUACUGGUCCUCCUGCUGCUCUGCUUCAACAAGAACUACAGAUUCUUCUUCUACUGGUCCUCCUGCUGCUCUGCUUCAACAAGAACUACAGAUUCUUCUUCUACUGGUCCUCCUGCUGCUUUACCUCAACAAGAACUACAGAUUCUUCUUCUACUGAUACUGCUGUGUUUGAUGAUGGACUCAGAAGUGCCCCCUGGCCUGUCGCUGGUCUCUAUUGUGUCUCUGUUGGCAUGUGGCGUCCAGCUGACCACAGCAGUUUUAUUGACUCACAGGUUUGGUGGGUGGAGCUCCUCUGUGGACAGAUGGAUCAUGGUCUGGCUUUUCUAUGAUGUCAUUGUGCACCUGACAUUGGAGGGCCCGUUUGUUUACAUGUCUCUGGGUGGGACAGUGGAAAUGUCAGAAGGUCCUCUGGCUGAACUCUGGAAGGAGUACGGGAAAGCUGACCGGCGCUGGCUGACCUCUGACCCAACCAUUGUCUCCAUCGAACUGAUCACUGUUAUAGUAACAUCUCUGAUCGCCAUACUGCUGAUACACGCUGUACUACAGGACAGGUACUACAGACACUUCCUCCAGAUCGCUCUGAGCGUGUGCGAGCUGUAUGGUGGCUGGAUGACUUUUGCCCCUGACUGGCUGGCCGGCAGUCCCAGCCUGAACACAUCUAACUGGCUCUACCUGUGGGUCUACCUGGUCUUCUUUAACGGACUCUGGGUCCUGGUCCCAGUACUACUGCUCAUCCAGUCCUGGUUUUCUCUACGGAGUGUGCACAUGCUCAGAACAGAUGAUGACAUAAACAGGAAGAAGAAGUAGAGGCCAUGACAACUGACAGGUUAUUGAUUAGCUGUCCUCAAUGAUAGAUCACUGAUUGACUGUUAUUAUAGAUUAAUGAUUAGCUGUCCUCAAUGAUAGAUCACUGAUUGACUGUUAUUAUGGAUUAUUGAUUAGCUGUCCUCAAUGAUAGAUCACUGAUUGACUGUUAUUAUGGAUUAUUGAUUAGCUGUCCUCAAUGAUAGAUCACUGAUUGACUGUUAUUAUAGAUUAUUGAUUAGCUGUCCUCAAUGAUAGAUCAUUGAUUGACUGUUAUUAAUGGUCAUUGAUUAGCUGAAAUAUUGAUAAUUGAUGAAUCUGAAA